AUGGAUACGCCACAAUCCUACGUACCUGGUGCCUCCGAACCUUCCGACCAGCUGGAGCUGGAACGGGCACAGAGUAUGGACCUACCUACGCCGGCCCAGCCUGGAAUGGCCGUAAGUGCGGACGAGGCCACGAUCGCAAAUGGCUACAGCAGCGACUCACGCGCCCACUACUCUUCCCAUGAAUUUCACUCUCCCGCACGAGGCUAUCACUCUCAAGAUGGCGAUGCCCCCCGAUCGAACCAUCCGUCGCAACUGCCUUCCUCGCGGCCUAGUUCCGGCCACUCCAACCAUCCGGACCGUCUCGUAUCACAACCAUCACAGGAAGUCAGUCACAAGCAAACACCGUCGCAAGCGAAGAACAGCGUAGUUAUCAAGGUGGGCAUGGUCGGAGAUGCUCAGAUCGGAAAGACGAGUCUCAUGGUGAAAUACGUGGAAGGCAGCUGGGAUGAGGAUUACAUUCAGACAUUGGGUGUCAACUUUAUGGAGAAGACCAUCUCGAUCCGGAAUACGGAGAUUACAUUUUCAAUCUGGGAUCUUGGUGGCCAGCGCGAAUUCGUCAACAUGCUUCCUCUUGUCUGUAAUGACGCCGUGGCUAUCCUGUUCAUGUUUGACCUCACGCGCAAGAGCACCCUGAACUCAAUCAAGGAGUGGUAUCGUCAAGGUCGUGGGUUCAAUAAAACCGCUAUUCCCUUCCUGAUUGGCACCAAGUAUGAUCAUUUUGUCAACUUCCCCCGUGAAGAUCAGGAGGAGAUUUCCAUUCAGGCCAAGCGUUUUGCCAAGGCCAUGAAAGCCAGCCUCAUCUUCAGCAGCACUAGUCAUAGCAUCAAUGUUCAAAAAAUCUUCAAGAUUGUUCUUGCUAAGGCCUUCGAUCUGAAGUGUACUAUUCCUGAGAUCGAGAACAUUGGUGAGCCUCUAUUGCUCUAUAAGAACGUCUAA